AUGUCCACCGCCCCGGGACGAGACGAGCGGAGGAAGAAACUCGUGCUCAGGCCCUCGUCGAGGACCGUGUCCGUGUCCCAGAGCAGACUCACGGGCAGCAGACUCACCGGGAGCAGGAGGAGCCUCGGAGCGGGCAGUAAACUCCUGGACAAGAGCGCCCCCUCCAGGCAACACGUGCGGGUGUUUGAUGAAGAGGGGAAUGAUGUCACUCCCCAGCCUCUCCACCAGGGGGAGAGUGGAGCGGGGCCCCCCAAAAGCAGUCGCUUGUUUCUGGAUGAGAUCUCGGCCGGGCUCAGUCUGGAGCAGAUGACCUCCACAGGCAGCAGCUACAGCCUGCCCUUCUCCAGGUCCAUUUUAAGCAGCAGUAAAUUCUCCAGUCAGUCGUCCAUAGAUUCUGUGAACCUUGAAACAGAAGAAGGUUUCUCCAGACGAGACCUGCUGGUCCAAAUACCAGACGUUCAGACUAAGAAGCCUCCAGUGAAGGAGGAGACGACAGGACAGAGUCUGGACGACCUGCUGAACGUGGACCUCACAGAGACGGACACAGUGUCACUGCUCGACCUGCCGUCCAUAUAUGUGUCCACUGAGGCAGAAGACGCUCAGAGCAUCACGGAGAAGAAUAAGACGUACACUGAGAUCUGCAAGAACAGACCUGGCAACGAGAAGUACACAGAGCGAUCGGCACAGACUCUGCACCCUCAGAACAAACACAAACUGACCCAGAGCGACAGUGUGACCACCACAGAGACAGGUACGUUUGUUUCCACCUGGGAGAUGUUUGACUCACUGUCUGGUCUGGAGCAGGAGGGGGCAGUGGGAGCAGAGACAGAGCCUGACCACCAGGGGGCAGAGGGGCUCCUGACCUCCAGUGGGGCCGAGCACAGUGCCUCUCUGGGGAGCUCCAGUGGGACAGAGAGCGCCACGAGCUCCAUGAGGGACCUGGAGGUGUGUGUGAGUGAGGCUGAGGUGCAGUCUCUCCUGAGCGGGGACACGCUGCUCCACAGUCUGAUGGUGAUGGAGAGGAGCCUCGUGGCCAACACUCUGCAGGACAAACUGGCGGCCUACAGACUGCUGCCCGUCCUACCAGACCCAGACUCUCCGUGUGCAGCUCCUCAGACGUCUCCUGAGGCCUCAGGUCCAGCUCUGGUCCACCUCUGGUCCUUCUCCUGUGACCUGACUCUGGGCCGCAGGGUCAACAGCCUGGUCUGGAACAAGAACAACCCGGAUCUGUUGGCUGUGGGUUAUGGAGCGUCAGAGAGCGGCUCCUCUGCAGGUCUGAUCUGCUGCUGGUCCCUCAAGAACCCGACGUGGCCGGAGAGAGUGGUCCCCUGUGACAGUCCGGUCACUGCUCUGGACUUCUCGGUGAAAAGCCCGUGUCAGCUCGCCGUGGGGAUGGAAGACGGGACGGUCAUGAUCUGCAGUGUCCACAGUCCCCAGAGCAACACCUCUGUCCUCCACAGCAGGGCGUGUCCUCACAAACACGUGGCCCCAGUGCUCCAGGUGAAGUGGACCCUGCAGGACGUGGGUCUGAGAGACGACAAGGACGAGGCUCUGGUCUCCGCCGCAACAGACGGACGGAUCUGCAAGUGGUUUGUGUCCAACAACGGACUGGACUGUACAGACAUGAUGAAACUGAAAAGAGUCAAAAGUGCUAAAAAGCUCAGCACCGAAAAGACGACGGACACGAAACCUGAGAACAUCCUGUCAGCGCUGACCCCGGGAAUGUGCGUCCACUUCCAUCCAAAGGAGUCGGGCGUGUACCUGGUGGGGACGUGGGAGGGGCUUAUUCACAAAUGCUCCUCCUCCAACACUCAGCAGUACAUGGACACGUACAAGAAACACUUUGGCCCGGUGUUGGGCGUGUCCUACAGUCCUCUGUGUCCUGGCGUGUUCCUGAGCUGCUCUUCUGAUUGGACGGUGCAGUUGUGGACAGAGGAGCGUCUGACUCCUGCUCUGAGCUUGUCGUCGGGUCACAGGGCCGUCCUGGCGGUGCAGUGGUCUCCUAAAGCCGCCGCCGUGUUUGGAGCCGUCAGCGAGACUGGACUGGAGAUAUGGGACCUCCAGAGCAGCAUCUUGGACCCCCUGGUGGCGCUGGCGGCCCCUCCGUCGCUCAGCCUGACGUCUCUGCUCUUCACGUCCCACACAGACUGUGCUCUGGUGGGGGACAGCGGGGGACGAGUGUGUGUGUAUCUGCUCCGUGACGUGUACGGGACCGAGGGGCCACAGGUGGAGGUGUUGGAGGACAUCAUCCACGCUUCUAUUUCCAGAUGA